GGCGGGCGGCAGCUCGAGGCCGGCAUGCGCGGCAUCCUCAUCACCUGCAACAUGAACGAGCGCAAGUGCGUGGGGGAGGCCUACAGCCUGCUCGGCGAGUACGGGGACCUGCUCUACGGGCCCGAGCAGUUUUCAGACCCCGAGGAACGGCUGUCGGGAAGCGAACGGGACGAGGAUGAGGAGGACGACGUCGAGGCAGCCCUGAGGAAGGAGGUGGACCAGAUCCGCACCUCUACGGAGCACAAGCUGCGGCGGUUCCAGUCGGUGGAGAGCGGUGCCAACAACGUGGUCUUCAUCCGGACGCAGGGAAUAGAACCUGAAAGCCUGGUACACCAUAUAUUAAAGGAUAUGCAUACUACUAAAAAGAAGAAAACGAGAGUCAUUCUGCGCAUGUUACCUAUUUCUGGAACUUGCAAAGCUUUUAUGGAGGAUAUGAAAAAAUACACGGAAACGUUUUUUGAGCCUUGGUUUAAAGCCCCUAAUAAGGGUACUUUUCAGAUUGUUUACAAAGCUCGUAAUAACAGUCAUAUGAGUAGGGAAGAAGUAAUUAAGGAAUUGGCAGGAAUUGUGGGAAGCCUCAAUCCAGAAAAUAAAGUGGAUCUUAAUAACCCCCAGUAUACUAUUGUGGUGGAAAUAAUAAAAAACGUCUGUUGCUUGAGUGUGGUGAGAGACUAUGUUCUGUUCAGAAAAUACAAUCUACAGGAGGUGGUGAAGAGCAACAAAGAAGAUGCACAGCAGAAGCCAUCAAGUGUGACUGAAGAAAAAGACUCAAAGGUAGAAAAAACAGAAGCGGAAGAGGAGGAGAACUCAAAAGAAGUAACACAAGAGAACAAGAAUGAUGGUGAACUAGAAACCAAGCCCAAGGAGAAUGAUAUACUUACAGUGUAAAA